AUGCAGCUACGACUUCUUACCCCCUUGCUCGCCGUCGGGGCGACGCACUGGGUUGCAUUGCCGGAGUCCCAAGUCUUGGCGUUCGGUUACUCUCUGUAUGAGUCUGCGACGACGCAAGACUUUCUCGGGGCAGCGCCUAGAAAGCUGGCGCGCGCCGUUGCAGUGGAAGAGGAGGUCAGCGAGGAUUACGACGAAGAUGGGGAGUCCACCGAGUCAGGAGAUGAGGGAAGUUUCGGGACGCUGAGCUCGAGUCGGAGUCGUCUGACGGGCGUGUCACCCCGCAGGGUUACAAAGGGCGUUGUCGCAGCGGUUGCCAUUCUCGCCGUCACUGCAGCGACUCUUGGGUACCAGAUGUUCUACAACGCCCCUAGCGAUGUUCCAGAGGAACGUGCGACAAGCGGUGUCUCCGAGAACGCGAAGGAAGCCGGUGCGAAACCCCCGCGUGUCGCAACCUCCGCUGCCACAGGGGCGCCCCAACCGGCCGGUCGCGUGUCCAAGAAGCGCAUUAUCCUGGGAGCUGCGGUUGUCUCUGCAGCCACCCUCCUGUUCCUGUAUCAGAAAUUCGGACUCCCCCGAGCUCUCGAGGGACUGCUUGAGCGUGGUCAUGGCCUGGAAGGGCUGCUCGGCAGCCUGGACGGUUCGCGAUCGGCACCCGCCCCACGCGCUGCGGGGGGACAGCCCAAUUCGGGCCUUCGUGGGGCAGGGACGCCUAGCAGAUAUGUGACGCGUCACGCCACCACCACGAGGCAAGGCUCUCUGCCGGAUUUUGUGGAUUUCGUGUUCAAAGAGAUGCUAAAGUGGCCGAAUAAUGCUGGUCUCGCCCUUGGUGCGGCUAUGUUCCUAUACGGUGUGGUUGGGCUCUUCCAGCUCCAGAGGGCUAAAAAAGAAAAGCCGUUGAGCCCUAAGCUCCGGCAGCUAGCUAAUCGCAUGCACUUCGCCAACGGGACCGAGGCAAUGAUCCUUCAGAACGUGCAGUCCGUGAAGAACUUGGAUGUAGGCCAGGUGAUGGCGGAGAUAUCCCAAAAAGGAAAAGUGCACUCAAAACGGCCUUUCAGCGAAAAUGAAACCGAAGCAGCCAUGCUGCGGGUGCAAGCGUAUCUUCAAGAACUGGUGGAAGGAGCUGAGAAAGCAGCGAAGGAAGUCGACGCGACAGUGCAGACUAUCUCCAAGAAGUUGUCCGAAAAGAAGGUGCCCUCGACAGAGACCGACGAAGACCGCGCUCAUGUCGUAGAGGGGUUGGUCUCAAGGCUUGAGAGCGAAGAGGCCGUCCUGAAGGAAACGAUAGUGGAGUCGGGACAGGUGCUGGAGCGGAUUGCUCGCACUGUAGAUGCUGCUGCUGCAAGUGGCGAAUCGCUCUCGCCUACGGACGCCGUGACCCUCCUGGAGCAUCUGGCGAAACGUGAGAUCGCGCGAGUAAUUGUGGCGGACAUGCACAGUUUCCUGAAGGAGAAUACAGGCGGCGUUGAUCUACCGGUCGACGAAUCCAUUUUGUCGCCUACUUCCGAACCGGAACCUACAACCCCACAGCCGGAACAGCAGCGACCGGCUGAGGAUGCAGCGCCACGGACGACGACAGAGUCUGAGUCCAUGGAAGAGGAAGCGCCACGGACGACGACAGAGUCUGAGUCCGAGGAAGAGGAAGCUCCAGAGACGACGACAGAGUCUGAGUCCAAGGAAGAGGAAGCUCCAGAGACGACGACAGAGUCUGAGUCCAAGGAAGAGGAAGCUCCAGAGACGGCGACAGAGUCUGAGUCCAAGGAAGAGGAAGCUCCAGAGACGACGACAGAGUCUGAGUCCAAGGAAGAGGAAGCUCCAGAGACGACGACAGAGUCUGAGUCCAAGGAAGAGGAAGCUCCAGAGACGACGACAGAGUCUGAGUCCAAGGAAGAGGAAGCUCCAGAGACGACGACAGAGUCUGAGUCCAAGGAAGAGGAAGCUCCAGAGACGACGACAGAGUCUGAGUCCAAGGAAGAGGAAGCUCCAGGGACGUCCGAAUAA